CAAGGUGUGGAGGAUCACCAGUCUAAAUACACACAGCCAGAAUCUUCUCACCUUUUCCAACAGGAUCAAUGGAAACAGACAACAUGAACACGGAAACAGACAACUCAGAGGACAUCGAGUCCCUAAUAGAGGACAUGCAGUACAUCCCUGGCCACUUCCACCUGGAGCUAAACCUUAACUGUGAUCCUGUUGGGCCUGCGAAUUUGAGAUUCAGAGACACUUACCUGAAACAGGACAGCCUGCAAGCUGAGCUGGAGGUUGAAGUGGGAUAUCUGCAGUACGCUGUUCGAAAUCUACUGGGACUGCUGGCGUUUCACCUGGAACAGCUGGACAGAGCUGAGGAAAUAUUCAGGAGCAUCUGCAAGGAGGACCCUGGGAAUCUCAAUGCCUGGGCCAACCUGGGCUUUGUGUAUGACACACAGGGGAGAGAGGUGGAUGCAGAGGAAUGUGUGGACAAGGUCUCCUGUCUCAUGGGAAUGAACUCUGGAGAUCAUUCCCCGGAGGAGACCAGGCUGCUAGCAGCACGAUGUCUGGCUGAGCAGGCGUACGUGUAUCCACAUGAUGUGGAGCUGGACAGCGACGACAACUUGAGGGAGAAGCUGAUGUCAGCACUGUCGCUUUAUAGCAAAGCUUUGCAUUAUGGGGGUCAACUGAUACCAACCGGAGAAAAACGAAGCUGGUAUUUUAAAAUGGCAGCUAUUUAUGUAAGACUGGACCAAAUCAUGAGAACCAAAGAAGAUUCUGAAUGCUCAAGACUCUUCCACUACAAUAAGGGACUGAGGCUCCUAAAGGAAACAGUGCAAUCUGAGACAAAGCAGCACAAAGCUUUAGCCUGGUGUUACAUUGGCAUCAUGUUGGAAAGAAAAGAUGAAUUUUCCUCCAUCCCCAUGUCGAUACAUGACUGUGGUUUCUCAGCAUCUGAUCCCCUGUCUUGCUAUGGAACUGCCAUGGAUUUGGCUGGUGACGAUACAAUCACCCUGAACCUUCUGGCCAAAAUCAUCUUUUUGCUGGGCAAACAUGAAAUGGCCACAGGGAUCUGCAACAUGGCUCUAAAUGUUCUGCCAGAUCCAGAGCUCAACUGGCAGGCGUACUGCACACGGGCAAAGAUUAACGUGAUCUUAUAUGUCAACAAACUUGAGAACGCAAAACUUGGAAUAGGAGGAGCUCCAGAUCGCCAGAAGCUAGCCGAAGCUAGAAAAGACUUGGAUAGAGUGCUGACAGUACGUCCGUGUUUGAGGACUCAUCUAGAGAUGGCACAGGUAUUCUAUUACAUGGGAGUUGAUGCACUCCAAGAGAGCCUUAUGGUGGACGAAAGUUCAAUAAACCAUGCUUUGGUGAGUCUGUCCAAUGCUCUACAGUUCAAGCCAGGAGACAGCUUACCAGACCUCCAUGUGCUCAGAGGACGCUGCCUUUUAAUAAAAGGUGAAGAGCAGAAUGCUGCAGAGUGCUUCAAGCAGGCAAUGGACUUAGAGAGGCCAGGGAGCACUGACACCACAGCCCUGCAUUGCCUCCUCCUGACGCUCCUGUAUCUAUUUAUGCAAGAAGGUUCUGACCCUAGUUCUGUCAUCACUCAGCUGGAGAUGUGGGUGAACAAGGCAGAGGAGCGAUAUCCACAGGAUAUUGUGAAAUCAGAACUCAGGGUUCUUUACAGAACGCACACAGAAGAGGUGACGGAGUUGUCCAAGACUCUGAUCAGGACGGGACGCUUGGGCCUGGUGAAAAGGCUGCUGGAAACCAUUGUGCCCAGACAACUUACUGAGAGAAAAUGUCUGAGUCGGUCUUUUUCAUUUACUUGAAACAAUAGUAUUAUUUUACCAAAGCAAAUGACUAUUAGCAAAACACAAGAGGCAAAAAGUAAUCAAGCAUUUCAGAAAAAUGGUAGUCCUCAGUAAGGGUUUUAACUAUUAUGUUUGUUAACCUCAUUGAAAGGAUAAAAACAACAAAAAUAUAUUUUGAAUGUGAUCCUUAGAAACUUGUAAUUACAGUGCCAUGCAAAAGUAUUCAUAGCCCCUUCAACUUCUUUAUCUUUUGUCUUGUUAUAUCCGUAUAAAAGCAUUUUACUGGUAUCUUAUGUCACAGAUCAACAUACCAUAUGAUUGAGAAGUGCAUAAAAAAGAAGCAUUGUUUUAAUCUUUUUUAGAAAAUAAAGAUCUGAAGAAUGGA